UUCAUUUUAAGUAGCUGUGACACAGCCUGCAAGAGACUUCAAAAUGUGUGGUAUCUGGGCCCUUUUUGGAAGCGAUGAAUGCCUUUCUGUCCAGUGUCUAAGUGCCAUGAAAAUAGCUCACCGAGGUCCUGAUGCAUUUCGUUUUGAAAACGUCAAUGGCUUCACCAACUGUUGUUUUGGUUUCCAUCGUCUGGCGAUUGUUGAUCAAUUAUAUGGCAUGCAGCCUAUUCGGGUGAAGAAGUUUCCAUAUUUAUGGCUAUGUUACAAUGGAGAAAUCUACAAUUUCAGACAGCUGCAAAAGCAGUUUGGAUUUGAAUAUCAAACUUUAGUAGAUGGCGAGGUAAUCCUUCAUCUUUACAACAGAGGAGGAAUAGAGCAAACAGCCUGCAUGCUAGAUGGUGUGUUUGCAUUCAUCCUGCUGGACACUGCAAACAGGAAAGUGUUUCUGGGAAGAGAUACAUAUGGAGUCAGGCCAUUGUUUAAGGUGCUGACUGAAGAUGGAUUCUUGGGUGUCUGCUCUGAGGCAAAAGGUCUUAUCAACUUAAAGCACUCCAUGUCCACUUGUCCUAAAGUGGAGCCAUUUCUUCCAGGACACUAUGAAGUGUUGGAUUUAAAACCAUCUGGCAAAGUUGCAUCAGUGGAACUGGUAAAAUUUCAUAGUUGUAAAGAUGAACCUCUGCAUGCUGCUUAUGAUAGAGUGGAAAAUCUGCCUGCAGGUUUGGAUCUCGAAACAGUGAAAAGCAACAUUCGGCUUCUGUUUGAAAAUGCUGUUAAAAAACGUUUAAUGAGUCACCGAAGAAUUGGCUGUCUUUUGUCAGGGGGUUUGGAUUCCAGUUUGGUUGCUGCGAUGCUCCUGAAACUGAUGAAAGAAUCAAGCAUCAAUUACCCUUUACAAACCUUUGCCAUUGGAAUGGAAGACAGUCCUGAUUUAUUGGCUGCCAGAAAGGUAGCUGCUUAUAUUGGCAGUGAACAUCAUGAAGUAAUAUUUAAUUCUGAAGAAGGAAUUCAGGCAUUAGAAGAGGUUAUUUUUAGCUUGGAGACAUAUGAUAUUACAACAGUAAGAGCUUCAGUUGGUAUGUAUCUGGUUUCCAAACACAUACGCAAGAAGACAGACAGUGUGGUCAUUUUCUCAGGGGAAGGAUCGGAUGAGCUUACACAAGGCUAUAUCUAUUUCCAUAAGGCCCCGUCUCCUGAAGAAGCUAUGGAAGAGAGUGAGAGGCUUCUGAGAGAACUCUACAUGUUUGAUGUACUUCGUGCAGACAGAACUACUGCGGCUCAUGGUCUUGAACUGAGAGUCCCGUUUUUGGAUCACCGGUUUACUUCUUAUUACCUAUCCCUGCCAGCAGAACUCAGAAUUCCAAAGGAUGGAAUUGAAAAGCAUCUCUUGAGAGAAUCGUUUCAGGAUUCCAACUUGCUUCCGAAAGAAAUACUCUGGAGACCCAAAGAAGCCUUCAGUGAUGGUAUAACAUCUCUCAAGAAGUCUUGGUUUUCAAUUCUCCAAGAGCAUAUUGAUCUCCAGGUUGAUGACCUUCUGCUGGAAAAGGCAGCAGAGAAAUUUCCUUUUAAUCCUCCUAAGACUAAAGAAGGUUACUACUACCGCCAGAUCUUUGAGAAGCACUACCCCGGGCGCGCUGAUUGGCUCUCUCAUUACUGGAUGCCAAGAUGGAUUGAAGCUACUGAUCCUUCUGCUCGCACAUUGAAACAUUACAAGUCAGCUACCAAAGAAUAAGCGUUCCAGUAAUUUUGAAACAGAAAUUGCUUGUUGCCAAAUGGCUCUAUCUGCACUAAAGCUGGGCAUGCAACCCAAUAGUCUAAAAGAAUAUUCAAAAUGGAUUUGGACAAUGGUAUUUAAGAUGAAAGCCCUUUAUAGCCAGUAUAAUAGUGUGAAAUUCACCCCACUGCAGAGGGCUUGCACAAGGACCUCUGCCUCACUUAAACUACAGUUCUGGUCUGAAAAACUACUGUGUGAAAAGGGCACCAUCGUGCUUAGCAGCUCUGCCCCUUGUUCGUACUCAGACUGGCUGACUUCAGUUACAAACAUACAUGUAUUUUUAAUAUAAAGCCUCCUUGGAA